UAUCAGCUAGUGGCUGCACCCGCGAACACCACCCUGGUCCGGAGGUAGCUGCGGACAGAAUUGCUGGCCUGAUAGAAGCUUUGGAACGAGCAGUCAAGAUGAGUGAUAAACCAGACUUAUCAGAAGUUGAAACAUUUGACAAAUCAAAGUUGAAGAAGACUAAUACUGAAGAAAAGAAUACUCUUCCUUCGAAGGAAACUAUCCAGCAGGAGAAAGAAUAUAAUCAAAGAUCAUAAAAUGAGAUUCUCCUCUCAAGAGCAACUUCAACUUUGCUGGAUAGUCUUGGAUUUAGACAUGUUUCUGUAAACCUAUCCAAUAUGUAGACAUUUUAGGCGGUUCCUGAUAGGUUCUUAAGUACCCUGACUGAAAGGUCAGCAUUUAACACCAAUCAUUAAAUGUGUUUUCCACUGCUC